CGCGCACACACGCACAGUCUCCGUGACCGGUGCGGCAGUAUCGCGUGCACUCAUGAGAUCUUCCUCUGCACUCAUGCGUGGAUUUCCUCCUCAUUUCCACGCGCACACACACACGGACCACUGACGAUCAUGCCGUGACGCGUCCCGCGUGUCCGUGAAGCUGGAUGUGGUGAUGAUGAUGAUGAUGGUUGUGAUGAUGAUGGUGUGGUUACCGGGGCUCGUGAUCAGACUGACGCUGCUGAUGUUUGUCGCGGGUUCGAGCGGGAUGCCGCACGUGCUGAGAUUCGGUGGGAUUUUCGAGUCGAUCGAGAGCGGACCCUCAGGACCAGAAGAACUCGCCUUUAAAUUUGCACUAAACACCAUCAACAGGAACCGAACACUUCUGCCCAACACCACGCUCACGUAUGACAUCCAGAGAAUCAACGUUUUUGACAGUUUUGAGGCUUCCAGGAAAGCCUGUGAGCAGCUCUCUCUGGGCGUGGCAGCGAUCUUUGGCCCCUCCCACAGCUCAUCAGCCAAUGCGGUUCAGUCCAUAUCUAACGCCCUGGGCGUCCCUCACAUUCAGACGCGAUGGAAACAUCAGGUGUCCGAUAACAGAGACUCGUAUUAUGUCAGUCUGUAUCCAGAUUUCUCAUCUCUGAGUCGGGCCAUACUGGACCUCGUCCAUUUCUUCAGAUGGAGGACGGUCACUGUGGUCUAUGAUGACAGCACUGGUCUCAUCCGUCUACAGGAGCUCAUUAAAGCUCCAUCCCGAUAUAACAUUCGGCUGAAAAUCCGACAGCUUGCUUCAGACACCAAGGAUGCCAAACCGCUACUGAAAGACAUGAAAAAGGCCAAAGAGUUUCAUGUUAUAUUUGACUGUAGUCAUGAGAUGGCCGCUUGGAUCCUCAAACAGGCUCUUUCUAUGGGAAUGGUGACAGAAUAUUAUCAUUACAUCUUUACUACACUGGAUCUGUUUGCGCUGGAUAUGGAGCCGUAUCGGUUCAGUGGAGUAAAUAUGACUGGAUUCAGGAUCCUGAACACAGAGAGUCAGCAGGUCUCAUCCAUCAUUGAGAAAUGGUCAAUGGAGCGACUGCAGGCGCCACCCAAACCUGACUCAGGUCUACUGGACGGCUUCAUGACGACGGAUGCCGCUCUCAUGUAUGAUGCUGUUCAUGUUGUCGCUGUGGCCGUUCAGCAGUCACCUCAAAUCACUGUGAGCUCACUGCAGUGUAACAGACACAAACCCUGGCGAUUCGGAGGAAGAUUCAUCGGCCUUAUUAAAGAGGCUUCCUGGGAUGGACUGACGGGUCGAAUUCUCUUCAACAAAACUAACGGCCUGAGAACAGACUUUGAUUUGGAUGUCAUCAGUCUUAAAGAGAAUGGACUGGAAAAGAUAGGCACAUGGGAUCCUCCUCGCGGACUCAACAUGACAGAAAACCACAAGAGUAAAAUGACCAACAUCACUGACUCACUGUCCAACAAAUCACUGCGUGUGUCCACUAUAUUGGAGGAACCGUAUGUUAUGUUCAAAAAAUCUGAUAAACCUCUCUAUGGCAAUGACCGGUUCGAAGGUUUCUGUGUGGACCUGCUUCGGGAACUUUCAGGAAUCCUGGGCUUCCGUUACGAGAUCCGAUUGGUGGAGGACGGAAAGUACGGAGCGUUCGAGGAGAGCACGGGCCAGUGGAACGGCAUGGUCCGUGAGCUGAUGGAUCAUAAAGCAGACCUGGCCGUGGCACCGCUGACCAUCACAUACGUCCGUGAGAAGGUGAUCGAUUUCUCCAAACCCUUCAUGACUCUGGGCAUCAGCAUCCUGUACCGUAAACCCAACGGCACGAACCCCGGAGUCUUCUCUUUCCUCAAUCCUCUCUCACCUGAUAUCUGGAUGUAUAUACUACUGGCCUGCUUGGGUGUCAGCUGUGUGCUGUUUGUCAUAGCCAGGUUCAGUCCAUAUGAGUGGUACAAUCCUCAUCCAUGUAAUCCUGACUCAGAUGUGGUGGAGAAUAACUUUACACUGCUCAACAGUUUCUGGUUUGGUGUUGGAGCUCUCAUGAGACAGGGUUCUGAGCUCAUGCCUAAAGCUCUGUCCACGAGGAUCGUGGGAGGAAUCUGGUGGUUUUUUACCCUCAUUAUUAUUUCAUCCUACACUGCAAAUCUGGCCGCUUUUCUGACCGUGGAGCGAAUGGAGUCACCCAUCGACUCUGCAGAUGAUCUGGCCAAACAAACAAAGAUUCUGUACGGCGUGGUGGAGGACGGCGCUACCAUGACUUUCUUUAAGAAAACUAAAAUCUCCACGUAUGAUAAGAUGUGGGAGUUCAUGAACAGCCGUCGACAGUCGGUGAUAGUCAAAAGCGUUGAGGAAGGAAUCCAGCGGGUUCUUACAUCAGAUUAUGCAUUCCUGAUGGAGUCCACGGCUAUCGAGUUUGUCACCCAGCGUAACUGUAACCUCACGCAGGUCGGAGGACUCAUCGACUCCAAAGCGUACGGUGUCGGGACGCCAAUGGGUUCUCCGUACAGAGACAAGAUCACCAUUGCCAUCCUGCAGUUACAGGAGGAGGGUAAACUUCACAUGAUGAAGGAGAAGUGGUGGAGAGGAAACGGAUGCCCGGAGGAGGACAGCAAGGAGGCGAGCGCGCUCGGCGUACAGAACAUCGGUGGGAUCUUCAUCGUUCUGGCCGCAGGAUUGGUGCUGUCUGUGUUUGUGGCCGUCGGGGAAGUGCUGUACAAAUCCAAACAGAAUGCUCAGAUAGAGAAGCGAUCGUUCUGCAGUGCGAUGGUCGAGGAGCUCAGGGUGUCUCUGAAAUGCCAGCGGCGACGGAAACAGAAAGCUCAGCCGCCGGCCAUCGUAAAAACAGAGGAAGUUAUUAACAUGCAUACCUUUAAUGACAGGAGGCUCCCAGGGAAAGAGACCAUGGCGUGAACGGCCACCGGGUGGCGCCAGAGAGGCCUGGAUAUAUCCCAUAAUGCCUCUCAAAUCCUGCACUCCUGUAACUGUCGUCCGACUGACGGACGCGAAAAUGUUUCCUGUGGAAAUCCGGAUACCUGAGCACUUCAGAACACAAACAUUAUACUGACACGAGUUUACUGAAUCCCAAACCACAGAGACACACACACAGCUGAGACUGAAAUGUCUGUGUUUCUGUAUCUGACUGGAUGUUCAGCAUAAAAGAAUUCAUUUAACAUUGCUUAUUUUUGUUUUUUUAAGUGGAUGAAAUAAAGUAAAUGUUUGAAAUGUGGUAAUUGGAUCUGAUACCUAAAUAUCAGCAGUAAUGAACACAUUUAGAGAUCCUGUUAAACCCGUCUGCUGCAGGGUUAUCAAGCGACUGAACGCUUGAUCAGCAGCCCAUUUUUUUUUUCAUUCAUUUCUUCAUAUGAAGUUAAGGAAUUGUUCAUUAAAGAGCUCUGAGCUGUGAACCGAUACGGUCUAACAUGAACCACAACAUUAAACUUUGAUUUGAAGUAAAAGUAUUUGAAAAUCAAAGACAAAGUACAAGACUGCGACUGUCUUUAUAAGACAAAGAGUUACACAUGGCACCAAUCAUUCGAAUGACAUUGAAUCAAAAACAGCACAAUAUUGAACUGUUAAAUUAAAAUAAUUGAUUAUAAACUUUAAAAAAUUACCCUUUAAAAAAUAGAGACGAUAAAUGGGAUUUUUAUUGCCCAAUCUUGUGUCUUAUGACACAGAAAUUAAAUGUGGGUUCAAACAAAUGAUCUGGUUUCUGUUGAUAAACAACCUGCAUUACUUUAACAAAUUAAAUCAUCCAAAAAAUGAUUAUCGACUUUUACACACAGCCGUUGUCUUUAAUAAAAACCUUUAACAGCAUCUCUGGUGUAAUGAGGUCAGACAUAAGCUGAGACAUCAAAUCUAAACUAACCACACAUAACUUCCUGCUUACAGAAGAUUAAUUCAGAAAGAAAUGAAGGAACUGAAUCUGUUUAUCACUCAUGAUCUGCAGCUAAACAAAAUUUAAUCUGGUUAAAUAAAUGUUAUUCUCCAUUACCAGUAAAUGAUGUGUUUCACCAAUUUAAUGUAUUUAUGACCAAUAUCAGUUAGAACAAUGAAUUCAUGAAAACAUUGUGCUCAGAAAUAUCCUCAUCUGAAAUAAAGACAGUGAUAGAAUUAAGAGAUGAAUUAUAUACAAUAAUGUCCCAUCAUCAGAUAUGUGUUGAGUUUAAACUGAAUGUUUAUGUUGCUGAUGAUGUCAUCAAUCACUCGAGCCAAAGUUCUGUCAAAGUUUAGAUAAACUUCAACUUUUCUAGAAAGCCUUUCUACUAGAAUCCAUUCGGUCUGUUACGGGCAACCCAACUUUGUUUGUCAUUCAGCAGAUUUAUAAUAAGAAAUAAAAAGCAGUUUUUGUACAGAUUUUGUAGUAAGUCUUUAUAUUGGUGUGUCCGAGUUGAUUUAGGUUAAACAGAAGGUCAGACAGAACUGUUGAAAUUAAACAACGUCUGUCCAUAAACUAUCAUCUUUAUUAUUUAACAAGCAUUUUGUUCUGUUUUUUUGUGUGUGUAAUGUUUGGGUUUUAUCUGAAGGGUAAAUCUCUCUAUCUCUGACUGAGAUCUUUCUGUAUUAUACUGUACUGAGACAACUCUAUGGAUUUGGGUUUAAUCUACAGGGACCUUUGGAAAAGAACUAUGUUUGAAUAGUAUCAGGUGAAGAACUGUUCAAAGCUCAACUUGUAAUAAAAACAGAUAUUAUACUGUG